AUGCCCACCUUCUGGAAAAACUUUCCUGGGAACCCGAAGAGCACUGCUACUGACCCCCUUCCUUCUUCGAAGCAUCGUACAAUCAUGACUUCAAAUACCAAAUCUAAUAAUACAAAUUCAAAUGUUUCUAAUAAUAGUAAUAGCGAACAGCAAAAUGUUAAACAAACUAAUUUAAAGAGACCUGGAUUACCAUCCAAGUCCCAUUCAUAUUCAAACCCGCCAUUCAAAUCUAAAAUGGCAUCCGGUAGAUCUAGUACUGAUGAUUACAGAGAUUUUAGAAAUAAGUUUCUAUCUAACAACUACGAUUUCACAGGUAGAGUAUUUGGGGUAUCUUUAAAGCAGUCGUUGAGUACAGCAAGCACUGAUGUGAUGGUCCAUAGUGAAUCUAUUGGUUUCGGUAAGAUUCCAAUAGUUGUAGCCAAAUGUGGUGCUUAUUUGAAGGCAAAUGCGUUAGAAACUCCUGGAAUUUUCAGAAUUACAGGUAGCACUAAACGUGUGAAAGAAUUACAGCAUAUAUUUUCUACCUCUCCUGAUUAUGGUAUGAAAUUUAAUGAAUGGGAUGCAUUUGCUGUUCAUGACUAUGCUUCAUUAUUGAGAAGGUUUCUUAAUAAUUUAGAAGAACCUUUAAUUCCUUUAUCUAUGUAUGACAAAUUUAGAGAUCCCUUAAAGUCAAGACCUAGAAUACUGAAACAUUUAACCAAAAAGGCAAUGGAGCAUCCAACUGCAGGGAUUGAAAAUAAAGUAAUAAAUCAAUCAGAAACAACUAAAGUAUUCAACCGAAAUAAUACUCAUAGUAAUGAAGACAAAGAGGAUAGCGGAGGUAUAGAAAAAGAACAACCGCAACUUAAUCAAGAAAUAAAUGACGAAGAUCAUGUUAUUGAUACAACUGAUCUUAUAAAAGCUGAAGAGUCAAGAAGAAGAGCUAAGCAUGGAAAGAAAAAAUUGACAAACGAUAUCCGUUCUGCUCUAAAAGAGUAUGAACAACUUUUUAUUGAUUUAAAUGAUGACUCAAGACACUUAACUUUGUACUUGCUGGAUAUGUUAACUCUAUUUGAUAGAAGAUCAGAUAUCAAUUUGAUGACAGGGCAUAACUUAUCAGCAAUUUUUCAACCGUCUAUGUUAUCGCAUCCUAAUCAUGAUAUGGAUCCAAAAGAAUACGAAUUAUCACGAUUAGUUCUAGAAUUUUUAAUCGAAUACUCGUAUAAACUGGUACCGUUCAUGUUGAAUGUUGCUAGACCAAAUCAAACUGCAAAAAUUGAAAAUCCAAAUAGAAGAUCUUUGCUUUCUAUACCCACAGAUUUUCCAGAUGAUGAGGAUGAACUUUCUUCAAAACCUAUGAUUGUUGCAAGUAGUAUAGAUGAAUCUGUUAAAGUAUUUCCUAAAAAAAUAUCUGAUACAACAGAAACAGCAUCAAAUUCAUCAUUACCGAUUAAUAAUAGAAUUGAAAAUAAGGGCAUGACACCAGAUAGAUAUAAAAAUUCUAUACCAGUUAAUGAAUAUAGAAAUAUGAAUGUUAAUUUGUUAACGAUACCGACACAUGGAAGACCACAUUCGAAAUCUAUCGGUUCAGCCUCUGUUCCACAAGAUGUUAUACCAAGUAAUAAACGUAGAUCUAAAUUUUUAAGUUGGAUUCAUAAGCCUAAUCUAAUGAGUGACUCUGGUGAAUUUAGUGUAACUGAGGAAGAUGGUGAAUUAUCAUUCGAUGACUGUGACAUGAGUAUAAAUAGCAUUUCUCCUAAUUCUGUUACUACACCUCAAAGUUUUCAUAAUCACACUAAACAGAGAAUUUCAAGCCGUAACAGCAGUAAUUAUUCUAUAAAUAUGCGUCCGUUCUCAAUGGUGAUUAGUACUGUCAAUAAGUCAAACGAUGAACUGAACCAUCUAUCACACAGUAACUCCAAUAUUGAGGGAAAACCUUCCACCUUAGGAGGUGUGGAUCCUUCACCAUCAUCUUCACCAACGUCUGUAUUAAAUUCUGCUCCUCCUAAGAUUAAAGUCGUUGAUGAAAAUUGUGAUGAACAAGAAUAUACAACUGCCAAGGUACCAAUGGUGAGACAAUCCUCUGAUAAUGUUAUGAUGAAUGUUGCACCAACAAAUAAGAAACCACAGAUGAGAGCUCAUAGUAGUUUAAAGGUUGAUAAUAAAGAUAAAAGGAAAUCUUUUACUUCAAGUCUGAAGAUUACACCAGAUGUGAGGAGGAAAUCAACAUCUGCUAAUGCUUCAGAAAGAGAAGCCAAAUCCAAAAAGAGGCAAUCUUGGUUUGGCCGUUUAAUCAAUCCAUCAUGA